UUCCGUUCGCGAAGGAACUGAAAUCGUUUAUAGUGAUCCGUUUACACAAUGUAACCACCCAGUUACCCAGUUACACAAGCCAUCAGCCGAUGUAGGUAGUUGCCAUGGGUCAAAUGCAGUUUCAACCAUGCGCUGCAGUGCUUUUUCCGUUUUGGAACCACCCCCAAGGGACACGGAUACCAUCGUUUCCUCAGUAACAGCAAAUUACCCAAGCGGAACGACGCCAAACAAACUCAUCGGUUUAGCAUUAGAACAUUUUUUAUUCUUCUGUCCUGUAGAUUUGAAUUAUUUCUUCGUUUCAAAUAAGUGAGCUAGCAAGUGACCAAAAAUGGGCAAGAAAAAAGGAGGCAAUAAGAACAAGCUGGCCAAGAUGUCCGAGGAGGAACGGGCACGGUACCUCCAGCAUCGGGCCGACAUGGAGGAGGAAGCCCGCCGUCGCAAGCAGCAAUUAAUUGCAACGUUCAUGAAGAACAAAUUGAAGCGAGAGGACGCCUUUGCACGUCUUAAUCUAGCCAAGAUCAACCAGGAAUGGCGCACCAUCCUGCGCAACAUCAAGUGCAAAGAGCUGAAGAACGAAAUCGAACAGGUGGAAAAGAUGUGCACCGAGUGCAUCGAGAACAAGAACGGCAUCAUCCGGCGGUUGCUGUGCGAUUUGGACGAAUCGGAGGAAAUCUACUCGACCAUGCUGCACGCCCACAUGGAGAAGAUCGAGAAGAUCAUGAACAUCCACAACGAUCGGCUGUCGUUUCUGUCCAAUUUGUACGAGAUCGAAAAGAAGGAGAUCAUCGAAAAUUAUGACCAGGAAAUUGCGCAUUACAAAAGUAAGAAGUUCGGCCUGCAGAAGGAGCUGGAGUGCGUAUUCUACGGAUUGGCCGAGCGAUCGAGGGUCGAUCGGAAGCGCUCCGAGGAAGAGCACAUGCUAAAGAAAGAUGAGCUGAAGAAUUCGAUGAUACUCAAGUUGGAAAUGAUCACCAAAGAACGCGAACGACACAUGGAACGCCUCUGGAAGGAAUUUCAAAAGGUUCUCAACGCUUAUCUACGCAACACAGAAGAGUACCGCAAUGAGUACAGCAAACUGCGCGACCAGGAUGCGAACGACACGCGUCACAUUCAGAAUCAUUACAUCGAGGUAGCUCGGUUGAGCGAACUGAUCUCCAACCUCCGGCUGAAACUGGUCACUAUCAAAGACGAGCACGAAUUCAACGUGAAACAGCUGCAAAAGACCAAGAUGGAGCUACAGGAGCGUAUAAGGAACAUCAAACAGGAGAUGGAGAUCGGUUUGAAGAUGGACGACGACAAGUUGAAGCAACUGGCCGUUUGUGGGCAUGGCGCGUUGAAGUAUUUGCAGAAUUUACUGAAGCGUGGGAAUGCUAUUCUACAAAUUGCGACAUUCUGCAAAAAGUUUGAAACGGAAAACGAGAGUCUGCUGCCAUUUGUACAUAGUGCCGUAAAACGGCAGAUGUUCGAGGUUGAUGAGGACGAACUAAAGGAACCGACUACGGAAUUUGAGGUAUUUAAGAAGGACACUUUUGGGAUCGCAAAGAAGUUUGAAAACUUCUGGAUGAGAUUCAAUAAGGCUCGGGUGGACUGUGCUUGCUUACAGGAAGAGAAAAAGCAACUUCUAGAGGAAAAUGAGAGAUUGAAAAAUCAACUGAAAGAGUAUCUGAUAACGGUGAACAUGAACAACGGGGGAUCGCUGGAAUCAAACGAAACGCUUCUGGCAGAAAGACCGAGUUCAAUGAAGGUUGAGAAGGUGAUUCAUAUCGACUUGAAGUUGAAGGCUGUUCGGUUCAGCAGGAAUGGUAAACGCAGACCGGUGACUUGCAUCGAGGGGAAUUUGAGCAACGCUAUCCGGAAUGACAAAUUGAUGGAGAUUCGUAGCAAACCAAAUCAGCUAUACUCAUUGAUACGUCAAUCUACUUCUUAAAAAUAAGUGUUUUGUCAAAUAAUUCGUAAUCACA